UUCACAGUUUAGAGCUCUGGGCAGUGCAACAAUGUCGUCGGUGUGGUGGUCGUGGCUGCCUGGGUUCAAUGGUGGACACCCUCAGACGUUUCUGAUUGAGUAUCUUCAAUCUGGUACAAGAAAGUGGACUGUGUACAAUUCGAAUGAUGAUAAAGGCGAGAGGAUGGUGGUGGACGUAACAGGCCUUAUAUCUGGAGAGAUUUACACAUUCCGACUACUUGCUAAAAAUGACUAUGGGGAUAUGUCUUUGCAGCAUCUGAAACUGCUGGGGAUCCACAAACAAAAACUCGAAACUCCAUCUACUAGUACUGGAGUAACAGCAGGAGCGGUGGUAGGCGGGAUACUCAUCACCUUGCUCAUUGUGGGAAUUGUACUCACGGUACUCUACAGAAACGGAUACAGGUGCAGAAAUAUUAAAGGAAUCCCGAACCUGUGGAAAUGGACAACAGAGGAUAUUCAUCAUUAGAGAAUGCUGCAGGAG